CAUUGUACACAGUGCAAUAUUUACUGUGAUAAUAUAAUAUUAGUUACAUUACAUACAUGUACACAUAAUUAACAAUAUUUUACAGUGACUACUGUGUUAGUAAGGUCGAUCAUUGGACAUAGAUAAAUGAUGUGUGGUAUUUGAGGACAGUUUGUUCGAAAUCGGUGUAGGAAAAGUUAUUCUGUAGAUAAAAUAUGCAUGUUUAAAAUGACAUGUAAUUGGAAUUAAUUUAACAUCGUAUGUGUGACCAAUUUUGCAAGUUUCAUUUUUGGAACAUUAAGAAUUUACGUUAAGAAAAUAAAAUAAAAUGGAAAUGUUUUAAUGAAUUGAAAAGUAUGAUGAAUACAUAUAGGUUUUAACGUACAUUGUGCUUUUAAAGUUUUAUCUGCGAAGGAAUGGGUCUAUUCAUACAGUUUUACCCAUAGAAUUUUCUAAAUUUGUUUUAAAAGGUUUUAAAUUAUAUAUAGUUAUUUAUACUAGAAGUGUGUUAAUGCACAGCAUAGGAAUUUCAGUUGAUUUGUGUUGUAAGAAUGAGCUCCCUCACAGAAUCGGAUGAGGACCUGUUUUACACACCUAAGAUUAGUUCACCUGGAAACUUUCGUAGAUAUUUGGAUAUAUCUCGGUCUGAUUCCCUGUCUGAAGAUGACAUAGGGAACCAUUCUGGUAAUGAAGGGUUUAUUGAUGAUGAACUCUUUCCAGAUACCAGUCUGCCUGAAGCAGAUUUGUACCCGGACUUAAGCUCACCUAACUUUGAGGGUGGCCAGGAAGUACAUGGAGACCAUGGAGAACCGGCUCAGCCAAUACCCAUGUCUGAUGAACAAAAGAAAGAAUUACAGGAUGAACUUGAGAAGGUUGAAGGCGAGAUAGCCACGUUGAGGCAAGUUUUAGGUUCCAAAAUUCGCUACUCUGCGGAGCUAAAGAGAAAGCUGGGUAUCACACCCCUACAAGAGAUGAAGAAUGACUUCCAAUUGGGAAUUAAAACAAUAAAAGAUUCUACGCCAUACCAAAAGACAAAUGAAAAGCUUCAUGAUCUUAACGAGAAGUUACAUCAAUCCCCAGCAUAUCAGAAGACAUCCGCAGCGGCUAAAUCAGCAGCUGAGAAGACGUCUACAGUGGUGGCGGGUAUUGGCUCGACUGUGUCUAGAAAAUUAGGUGAUUUAAGAAACUCUCAAACUUUCAAGUCUGUUGAAGGGAAGAUGGAAUCUGCCUACGCACAAGUCAAGUCGUCACGUUCUAUAGAGGGGCUGAAAGAUCGCUUGGCUAAAGUAUCUGGUAGUAAGUCGGAAGGAAACUUCGAAGAAGCUUUACAAAGUGAGAAAGAAAUGACCACAAAUGGCUCGACAGGAACGCCGGAAACCGUGCCGGAGGAAAAAGUCCCAUUGUAAUCUGCGGAUAAUACAGACUGAACUAUGGGACAAAAGGGGACAAUGGUUUAAUAGAGAUCAAUGUAGUGUAGAUAACUUAAGUUGAACAUUGUUCAAGUAAAAAAAAAAACAACUUCCAUUAUGUUUUAACAUAUUUUUAUUUUUCGAAACAAAGAAUUCGGAUCAUUAGUCCUUGUAAAAAUGUAGGACUCUCAGUGUACAUGUAUGCCUCAUCAUCGUGUAGCCGUUUGUGUCGAACAUCGUGUAAACUUAUCUAUCAAUGUAAGGGAUGUAACUGAAUUGUUCAUACAACUGAUAAUUUGUUUCUCUGAGGACUCAUUACAACCAGAUUUGAAAUGGCUGCCAAUUAUUUUAAGCAAUGGUCUUGGCUGUGAUAUCUCCUUUGUCAGUAUUUUAACAUGGCUUAUAUUUUUCAUCUAUGUAGGAAGUUUUGAAAUCUAUUUAUACAAUUAAUUGAAGCUACUGGUAUUAUAUAAAUAGUUUUCAAAAAUUCCUAGAUUGAUGACAAAUAAAAGCCAUAUUAAGAUACUGACACAUGAGAUACUAUAGCCAUGACCUUAGCUUAAAAUAAUCAGGGGCCAUUUCAAAUCUGGUUUGAUAAAUCCUCAGAAUAGUAUUCUUAAUAGAAAAGACUUGGUGAACAAAAAAAAUGAAAUUGUAUGAUGAAAAUUAAGAUAUUUCUUCUCUCAAUUGUUUGUCAGUUAAGAACUCUUAAGAGUCUGAUGUAGUUUUUGUUGCAAUAAGUCAAGAGUGAAGAAUUAAGACAUAAUAUAUUUUUCUCUGAAAUUUUGUCAAUAUAAAAAUGUUAUGAUGGUGUCAGUUACAUCUCUGCAUUGCCAUAAAUGUUUGCUAAGAAUUCUGCAAAAGUUUCAACAAUACUGGCAAAAAAUGUAUAUUUUUAUAUUUAUCAAGAUAUCUAUACUUACUUUGCAAGCCUUUGGAUAACAAUAAGAUGGGGAAAAAUGAUCUUAGUCAAUUAUGUAAGGAAGAUAAUUUUCUGAUACAAUUUCGUAUUAACAUCUCUAUUUACACAAAAGAAUAAUUAUUAUAAUUUUUUUGAAAUGUUAAGUUAUGGAAUGGUCAUUUAAAAAGAUACAAUUGUUAAGGACAUCAAGGUUGUACUUAAAGCCUUCCUUUAUUUGACCACCCAUUACAUUUUUAGGCUUUGAAAUUGAAAAGUAUGAUGUUUCUUUUGAAACCUUCAUAUUUGGUUUGAAAUGUGGAAAAUUGUUUUACUACACAACAGAAUUUACAUUUUAAGUAUUUCACCCAUCUAAAAUAUAUCUUGAAAGGACUUGUCAUCUUUCAAUCCGCACAAAACCAUUCAUCGUUCUAGGGAAUAUUUCAAAAUAAGUAUUGACACGAUAGUAAACAAUAAAGACCAAGAUCAGAGGGCACUGAUAUGCUGGCUGAUCAUGGUCUGCAUUGAAAGGAGUUACUUCCAGUAGGCUAAAGAAUAAUAAAUGUUCCGUUGGUUGGUUUAUUUAUUUACAAUUUUAAAUUUAGUUGAACUAAAGCAGUUCUAUUUGUUUCAUUCUCCCAUUUUUCGUGCAUCUGAUUUAUGUUUAUCUUUAAUGCUAAGUGCUAGAUAAAUUAUAUUCUAAGAUUUUUGUAUAUACUGGCUCAUACAUGUAAGAGGGUUUUUUAAGUGGUUUACUAAAGGUUUUACCGUACACCUAGUCCUUUAAGUGAAUCAUUAUAGAUAUUAGGAAAAUGCUUUUAUUGAAUGCAGAAUACUGUAGAUUUGAUUGUAAAAUUUAGACCCUGUCUUAUAUGUGGUCUGUCUUAAUAAGUUAUGAGCAAGUAAAUACACAAUAGGUCAUGAAACAGGUAGUGUUAUAUAUAUAUAUUUAUAUACUGGCAUUUUAUGUUAUGGGAAUUUAAUGUCCAUAAAUUAUAUGUGAUAUCAUAAAGUUAAAGAGACCAAGAUUUAUUCAGUGUGAAAGUUUGUACAUGCAGAUCAAUGCAAGAAUUGUUUGUCUUUUCUUUUUAUUUGCCUCUUUUUGUGUGUAGUUUUGUAUUAUGUGUCUCAGAAAAUCACAGUAUGUGAGUCAGUCAUGUAGAAUGGAAUCUUACGGGGCUAAAAAACAUUUUUGUUCAAACCAAGUCACUGUUAAAAUUACAAUACUUUGGUGAUAAAUUAUUUUUGUAACAAGUUUAAAACUUGUCAAUUACAAAAUAAUCACAGGUAUCCAAGUGCUAUGGUACCCUACUUGGUUGGUGUCUGCCUCUGAACCCAGGGAUAUAAAGAGGUUUGAGACCAAAACACUGCUCAACCCAAGGGUUGUUGGUUUGAGUUCUACUUUGGGAAAUGGUCAUAUUUCAUUCAUAUGACACCAGUACUGAUAAGUUCUAGAGAGUAGACACAAUUAUAUAAGUUGCAGAGACAUGUGUAGCAGUCAGGCAUAAAUAAAAAUGUUUAAUUUAUCUCUAACUCUUAAAUUUGAGUUUCUAAAUGAACAGUAAAAUAGAAAUACAAUUUGUGUACUUUCUAUAAAACGUGAUGUCAGAUAUGUUUAAUAGGUUUACAUUGCAGUGCUAUAUGUCAGAGUGGAGUGGGUUUAAUGAUGUAUGUUGAAUUUAUUUUAUAUAUUUAUUGUUUCCUUAGUCAUUAAUUGCAUGAUGAAUUCCUGUGAAAAGAAUAUGUUACAACUAACUGAUGUAUAUAUCCUAUAUCAUAGUGUAUAUCGUUUAUUUCGUUACUGUCUUGUUUUUUUGUUAAGAAAUAUUACAUUGGGUUUAUAUUUAUUUUUUGUUAAAAUCACAAUUGGGCCUAUGCUAUACUAUAUACAAUUCUUCUUUUUAAAAAAAUGAUAUUGAAACAUUUGUGCAAUGUACAUCUCAUAUUAAAAUUUAUCAAGUCUGCGUGUUGAAAAAGUAAAGAAAUUAUAUAAAAAAAAAAAACGUAUUUACCUUCAUAUAAGACGCCUUUUUAUCUUCAAUUUUGUGAGGUAUAUCAAAGACCUAGUCUUAUAUGUGGGUUUUAAAAAUAAUGUCAAUAUGAGAGCCAAGGGGCCUUAAUUUAGGCAUUUAAAACAAUUUUUUCAGUGAUCUCUUCAAGGCUGUGUUUAAAGAUUUGACAUUUUUUUAAUGAUUUUUUUAUGACGUGAAUAUUUUGCCCAAAAAGUGUGGUUUAGAAUUUGUUGCCAAUUCAACACAGUUGUUGUGUUUUACGUAUUGUUUACAAAUGAAAAUAGCCAAGUUGUUCAAAAGUUUAAUUUGAUGAGGAAAAUAGAGGAUGAGAAAAAUAGAGGACAAGUUGUUAGACUGAAGGAAAUAUCAGUUCUUCAUUAUGUUUAUAAUACAUAAAAUUAGAUAAUUAAUACAUAAUAUAACAUACUGGAUAUUAAUUUGAUAUUGUCAAUUUUUCUGUGGUUGAUUUUUCUUUUAUUUUUUAAGGCAAUAUGUAUCAAAUAUCAGAUUUUAUUGCACAUUUCUUUUAUAUAGUUUGUGAACCAGUCUUUGUAAAACAGUCUUGAACUGUAAGUUUUCUGAUUGGUCAGUUAAAAAAAAAAUUAAGCAGUCCGAUAUUAUAGUUGAUUUGAUUGGUUACUUAAUCAGCCAAUGAAUUUUUACAGAAAGCUAGACUAAAAAAAAAGUAUUAUCAUCAUUUUUGACAAUAAAACAUUCCAUGACAUUUAAUGACUCCAGUAGCAAAGUAAUUUUUAUUUGAUUAACAGAGUCUUUAGGGCAGUUAAAGUAAAAUAAGUCAAUAUAAAGUGUCAAAACAACAGAACUUAUGUGUGUUAUUUCUACUUAGAACAAUGCCAUUCUUUCUAGUUAGGGUCUUCUUUAGGGUAUAUAUAGCGUCAACAAUACAAAGACAGGCUUCCAAAUAAUAUUUAGAGGUUCUAUAGUGUUUGAAAAUAAUACAUUACUUUUUUCUAUGUCACUUCAAUAUAGCAUAGUGUUGGCAUCUCUGAUGUAUACUUUAAACAUUUUCUUGCCUUCUUUUCGCACCUGGUGCUGGGAUACAUUCAUGUUGAUAGAAUACCACCUAUGUUAUAACUUGUUAACAUUUCUUCCAUUUAUGUCAACAUGCAUUUGUUACUAGUUUCUGUAGAUGUAUAUGUUUAAUGUUUUAACAAUUUUCAUAACACAUUAAAAUGUUAAUUUAUAUUUUCUUUAUUGAGUGCUGUUAAUUUACCAAUCAAUUGUAACUCUGUUCUGCACUCCACACAGAGCGUAGGGGAUAUAUGAGCAAUGAUUUUCUACAUUCUGUUAUUCCCGACACUGCCAGGUCAGUCUGGUGAUCUUGUAUGACACAAAUAAGUGUGAAUACUCCCAGCACAAUGGGGCAUUAAGCAGGGAUUCAACAAUCUGACAAUCUCCACAUGGCCAGUUCUUUACAAGGGUUGAUACUCCCAUUAAGUCUUAGUGCCCGUUAUAUCCCCAGCAUUGGCAUGAGGGGCCAGAAAUUUCAGAGUUACAAUUGACUGGUGUGAAAUAACAAUGGUUCUGUUUGCACAAUGUUUUUUAUCAUUAAUUGUAAAUCGAUGGUUAAACAAAAGGUAUAUGAAAUGUCAAUCUGCACCUAAUUUUGUGUGAUUUAGACUUUAACCAAAAUGCCUUAAUCUUCUGUGGUAUGUAAUUUAGAAGAUUUGUAUCUUUAUGUGCCACCUUCCUGAAAAUUGGAGCAUCGAUUAUUGAAUCAUAAAAACACCUGUAGAUUUUUGAAGAUUUCAAUAUUUAAUGAUGUCACUUACCACAAACAUUGUGUUGCUAUAUGUUGCAUUAUAACUACAGUUAACAUUCCUUAUUAAUAUGUCAAGAAAUUUCAAUUCGCAAAGAGCUCAAUUUAAUCAAUCACUAAAGUAUUUAGACUUGAUUAAUAAUAAUAUUGUUUACUGUUUCUAUAAGUUAUUCAGGACUUAGCUUUAAGUAUGAUUCUAGUGCAGAAAAUCAAUAGUGCCGAUGUAACUUGUAACUGAACCAGAAAGAAAAAAAAAAAGAAAUGUUUUUUGUUAAAUUUUAAGUGUUAGAUUUUUAAAAGUUCAUUGACCAGAGUUAACGAGUUACUGUACAAUGUAAGCAUUUAUUGAUCUUGUUUUGCCGCUUUUCUGAAGUAAGUGAUUGGUAAGUUUGAAAACCCAAUUGUGCAAUAUUGCUUAUAAAUAAAGUAAUUUCUUAUAAUGUAA